AUGGCGCAGGAGUCUGAGAUCAUCGAGCCGGAUUCAUCGGCCAGUGAUUCGGCAUACUCCGACACAUAUCAUUCCUACCAUGAGGGGGAAUACGUUCUUCCAAAUGAUGAGCAGGAGCAAGAUCGACUUGAUCUGGUCGGUACCCACUGCAUAUGUGACUCGAAUCUACCAUUACAUAUAUUGACGAUCGAGCAGAGCCAUCAUAUAUAUCUAAUGUUACUGAAAGGCGAAUUGUACAGUGCUCCGAUCCGAAACCCCAAAAGGGUGCUUGAUCUUGGCACAGGCACGGGGAUAUGGGCAAUUGACUUUGCGGAGGUACCACUAAACUGUCGCUUUCAAAUUGAUGACUUCGAAGAACCAUGGUCUUACAGCCACCCAUUUGACUACAUCCAUGGACGCGAACUCGAGGGAGCCAUCCGCAAUCAUGACAAGCUAUUCAAACAGGCAUUCGAUAAUUUGACUCCAAAUGGGUGGUUUGAAAUGGCCUCAAUGGAAGUGAAUACACACUCAGAUGACGGUACCCACCUGAAAGCCACAUGUAUGGUAGAGAGUGUGAAGAAUUUACACGCUGCAUCAAAAAGCUUCGGAAAGGACAUGGAUUCAGUCAGUACAUGGAAGGAGCGGUUUGAAAAUACUGGAUUUGUCAAUGUCCGCGAGGACGUAUACAAGCUCCCCCAGAGUCCUUGGCCUAGGGACCCCAAAAUGAAGGAGCUCGGGCGAUAUCACCAACUCAACAUGCUUGAAGCCAUGCCACCAUACUGCGUUGCGCUGUUCACUCGCGUACUAGGGUGGAACCGUGUGGAGGUCGAAGGCUUGUUGGCGGGGGUGCGGUUCGAAUUGAAAGAUCUUUCUUGUCAUUUGUACUCGAAAGUACACAUAGUGUAUGGUCAACGGCCGGUAUAA